UUCAAGCCAUUCACCCCCAAAACCCCUCCACCGUCCCCUCUGUUAUAAAUUCAACACUCCCUUCCCUCUCAACCUCCAGCUCGAUCUCCUCCCCCCCACCCACCCCCAAGCGAAGAGGAAAGAGGAAUGUCUAGCCGAAGAGGUGCCCGCAUCAGCGACGAAGAGAUCAACGAGCUCAUCUCCAAGCUCCAGUCAGUCCUGCCAGAGGCCCGCCGAAGGAACUCCGGCAGAGCAUCCGCGUCGAAACUGUUGAAGGAGACCUGCAGUUAUAUAAAGAGUUUGAGGAGGGAGGUGGAUGACCUCAGCGACAGGCUGUCGGAGCUCAUGAACACAAUGGACAGUAAUAGUGAGCAGGCUGAGAUCAUAAGGAGCCUGCUUAGAUCUUAAUGAAGAAGCUCUCUUAAUUAAUUAGUACCUUGGUUAUAAUAGUACUAAACUUAGGAGGAUGGACGAAUGCAUAAGAUUUGACUAUGUUUAGGAGUCUAAAGAUUAUUGGAGUUGACUUGUACGCUCCUAACGAGAGAGAGAGAGAGAGAGAGAGAGAGAGAGAGAGAGAGAGCUGAAUCGUGGGAUUAGACUGUCUUUUUUGUUUUUUAAGUGGUAUAUGCUAAUUAUCGAAUAAUGUUUUGUUGCUAA